ACUCCCAAAACAGAAUUUUGUUUGUUUUGAUUCGAUUUUUUUUUAUUUACCGUAAUUUCAAGAAUUAUUUUGUAAACAAACAAACAAACAAAAACAAACGACUGAAAAAUAAUCAAAUAAUAAUGUCAAUAAAACCGGCUGCCUUUGCUGGCGAUCCUGAAUCGUUAGCUGAAUUAUCACAAUGUGAUUAUUCAUUACGUAUAACAUUAGAAUCGGCAAGAAAUGGUCAAAUACCAUCGAAUCGUAAAAUUCGUGUCUAUGCUGAUGGUAUUUAUGAUCUAUUUCAUGCUGGUCAUGCUAGACAAUUGAUGCAAGCUAAAAGUGCAUUUCCAAAUGUUUAUCUUAUUGUUGGAGUGAAUAGUGAUUAUUUAACAAAUAAAUUCAAAGGUAAAACUGUUAUGAAUGAAACUGAAAGAUAUGAAGCCGUUAGACAUUGUCGUUAUGUUGAUGAAGUUGUACGUGAUGCACCAUGGAUUUUAACUGAUGAAUUUUUAUCCGAACAUAAAAUUGAUUUUGUUGCACAUGAUGAUAUACCGUAUACAUCAAAUGAUUCGGAUGAUGUUUAUACAUUGAUUAAACAACGUGGAAUGUUUUUGGCUACAAAACGUACUGAUGGUAUAUCAACAUCAGAUCUGGUUGCACGUAUUGUACGUGAUUAUGAUGUUUAUGUUCGUCGUAAUUUGGCACGUGGUUAUACUGCAAAAGAAUUGAAUGUUUCAUUUUUGAAUGAAAAAAAAUUUCUAUUACAAAACAAAAUGGAUGAAUUAAAAGAUAAGGGAAAAUUAUUGGUUGAAAAUUUAGGACAAAAACGACAUGAAUUUAUACAAAAAUGGGAAGAUAAAUCGAUUGAAUUUGUUAAUAGUUUUAUUGAAUUAUUUGGACCGGAUGGAACAUUGAAUACAAUUUGGAAUCAAUCGACAGGUCGAAUAAAACGUGCCUUAUCACCAUCACCAUCACCAUCGAGCUCUAGUCCAGAACAUCGUUCAUAUCGUCGUCAUCGUAAUAUUGAUAAUGAUGAUGAUGAUGAUGAUUCAUCAUCAUCAUUACAUGAUUUGAAUAUUGGAUUUUCUGGCUUUUCCGAAGAAGAUGAUUUUCUAAAUGAUAAUAAACGUUCAUUACAUAAAUCAUCAUCAUCAUCAUCAUCACCACCAACAACAACAAAACGAUCAAGAAUUGAUUCAAAAUCAACAAGAAAAUCACCAAAAACAAGAUCAACAAAUGUAAUUGAUGAAUAUUCGGAUAAUGAUGAUGAUGAUAUGAUUGUAACGAAAAAACAAAAUAAUCAUGAAGAAUCUUUAAAAAAUAAUCAUAGUAGUAGUAGUAGUAGUAAUAAUAAUAAUAAUAAUAAAAAUCCUAACAACAAAAUCUCAACAAAUGGAGGAUCAAAACAACGACGAACGAAACAUUAGGGAAACAAAAAACAUUUAGGAAAUACAAAAACAAAACAAAAAAAAUUCGGUUUUCAAACAUUAUCACUUUUUUUUAUUAUUUGGUUAACACAUUGGAGAAUCAUAGGGGGAAAAAAAUUUUUGUUUGUUUCAAACUACAAAAUCAUUUAUCAAAAAUACAUUUUUCUCUCACUCUCUCACUUAUAUUUUAUACUAUUAU